UUUUGCAAUCAACAAAUGACCAAUACUACCGCCACCACCAGCCGCCGCAACCUCAAGAGCACCACCAUCCACGUGAUGGCGCUAGACGGAAUUGUAAACGUCAACUCUCUUUUCACUCUCGGUCUUUUUCUCGGCCUAGCGGUGAACCCCGCGGACCCAAAUUACACGCUAGUGGACUCAUCUGACACGGCAUGCCACACCACUUCUAAAGUAGCCGAAAAUCUCGUGGCGUUUCAUGUCUACUCUUUUAGUUCGUUCCUUUUCUCAAGCCUCAUUGCUUUUGGGCUCAAACAAGCGAUUAGAACCGCCAAAGAUGGUGAUACCCGUGUUGAGGUGAGCGAUGGGACCAUAGCUCAUGUCAACUUAAGGGUUCUACGAGCUGGGAUGUUAGCAUCGGCUACUGGUUCUUUGUUUGGAUGCAUGUUCUUGACUCUUGCGUUGGUUAAUUUGGUUCAGAUCAAGCUCGGGAAAGUGGGUUGUUUGGAUUGGUAUAGUCUAGUCGCGGUAGGACCGUUGGUAGUCUUGGUGCCUUCAGCACUCGUUUUCUACAUAUGUAUCGUGUUACACGCAUUCACUCGCUAGUUUUUACUAUUGUUAAAAUAAAACCAUUUAAAGUA